GAGGGCGGGGAGGAGAUGCAGGGCGCCGUGGGGCUGCGCUGCACCUGGGACCUCCCGCCGCCCUCUGGCACCCAGGCCAAGUGGGUGAGGCUCAACGUGGGGGGCACCGUCUUCCUCACCACCAGGCAGACCCUUUGUCGGGAGCAGAAAUCUUUCCUGUGGCGCUUGUGCCAGGGCGAGGAGCUGCAGUCGGACCGGGAUGAGACUGGUGCAUACCUAAUAGAUCGGGACCCCACUUACUUUGGACCUAUUCUGAAUUUCCUCCGUCAUGGGAAACUGGUCUUGGAUAAAGAUAUGGCUGAAGAGGGGGUCCUAGAAGAAGCUGAGUUCUAUAACAUUGGUCCUUUAAUCCGAAUAAUCAAGGAUCGACUAGAGGAGAAGGACUACACAGUAACUCAGGUGCCUCCUAAGCAUGUCUACCGUGUGCUACAGUGCCAGGAGGAGGAACUCACUCAGAUGGUUUCCACUAUGUCGGAUGGGUGGCGCUUUGAGCAGCUUGUGAACUAUGGGAAUGAGGAUCAGACAGAGUUCCUGUGUGUGGUCUCCAAAGAGCUGUACAACACCCCCAGUGGCCUGAGCUCUGAGCCCAGCCACAAAGCCAAGAGCACAGAGGAGGACCCGGAGGAGGAAGAGCAGGAGAUGGAGGAGGAGGCAGAAGCAGAAGCAGAGGAGAAAGCUGUUACAAGCCAGAGCUGUUACAAGCCAGAGGUCUGA